CCUUCUUCUUCUUCUUCUUCUUUCUUUUUCUUUUUUCUUCUCUUGGGAGGUGUCGAUCGAAGAUGAGCGGUGGUGGGUCCAAGGUCUCAAUCCCGAGCGGCGUGCGGAAGACGAUCCAGGACAUAAAGGAGGUCACGGGCAGCCACAGCGAGGAGGAGAUUUACGCAAUGCUCAAGGAAUGUUCCAUGGAUCCGAACGAGACCGUCCAAAAGCUCCUUUUACAGGAUACAUUUCAUGUGGUUAAGAGGAAGCGUGACAGGAGAAAGGAGAAUUCGAACAAAGAGUCAUCAGAGUCCCUAUGGCAGUCUGGCUCGCAGGGACGGGGUAGUAAGAGUGGCCGUUCCAAUUAUUUGCCUCGACAUGUAUCAAAUGAUGCUGGUGAUGGCAGGAAUGCUGCUGCUGGCAAGGAGAAUGGAAUUAAUCCAGCAGCUGAUAAGGGUGUUGGUUCAACUCUGCCUACUUCACACGGGAUAAAAAAUAAAGAGACUAUCUCAGCGGCAAGCUCUCUAGCUGGUGCUACCAAUCAUCCAAAUGCCGGGUCCUCUGCAAAUACUACUGUUCCUGAUGCUGUCAGCUCAGCUGGAGGAAAUCGUAGAGGCCAUUCUGAAAUGAUUUCACCAUCUAGCCAUGGUCUCAGUAAGUUAGACAGUGGAUCAACCCCUCUUGAUACCAAUGGAAGUGUCCAAACGGCAGUUGGAGCUGGCAUUCCAUCUGGGCAGUCCAUGCCUAACACUUCACCAUCUUCUUCAGUCUGUUUCUCAUCUUCUGAUCCUGUCAGACUGUCCUCCAAUGACUCACGGAUACCCAGUUCUGUGAGUACGAUAAUACGUGAAGUUGGGAUCCAUCGAACUCCUGUUGAACCAGAUGCAGUAAGCAAAAACAAAGCAACCACUGCUUCUGAGGUUGGUGGCUCUCUCGAGCAUGAAAAGAUGCCUGACCAAUUUCAGGAAGCCGAGAAGACUGGAACUGUGGAGCCCUCUCAGCAUUCAUUUGGUUCGACUCACGGUGUCUCUUCUGUUAGUCGCCUAUCAUCCAAUUACAACAAUCGAUCACAGCAGCUUGUUGGGUCUCAGAAAGUGGGUUCAACUAAGGAGUGGAAACCAAAGCCAACUAAUCCUACUGCUUCUCAAAGGGCUGAAACAGUUGCACCUGAAGUCAAUCCAGUUGCCCCCUCGCAGUCAGCACCAAGCAUUCCUGAUCCAGAAGAGGCGGCUUCAAAUCUCCAGAAAAAGCUGGAAACUUUACGUCUUUCACAACGUCAACCUGUUAUACUCCCAAACCACAUCCAUGUCCCUGAAUCUGAAAGAACCAAGUUCAGCUUUGGAAGUUUUGAUGCAAGUUUUGGCAUAAUUACAAACUCCAUCAGUGCUCCUGAGAGUGAUAAGAGCUCCACUAUUGUCUCGGAAAUGUCUCUGGCCAUCGAGGAAACCAUGGAGGACUCAAGUGGACAAAUUGCCCCAGCAACUGCUGACGAAGAAAAUUAUCCAGAUUAUCCACAUUCACCAAAGCACGUGCCUCAGAGUGUUUCUCCUGCUGAGGACGAUGUCUCCUCAAGUGCAGCUCCUGAUUACAAAGAGUUAAAGCAGGAAGGUGCAUUAGGCCAACAGCACUCAGUAGUUCGUACUUCUCCCAACUAUAAUUUUGGGUUUGGGCCUCCAGUGGUAGGAAGUCAGAUUGCUCCUUUUGAAAAUACUGAGUCUCAAACACGGGAUGCUUCUCGACUUCCAAGCUUUGUAGUUCAACAACCAUUUGAUCCAACAAGUUAUUAUGCUCAAUUCUAUCGGUCGGGCGUUGAUACUGAUGGCCGCCUUUCACCUUUUUCUUCACCUGGAGUUGCUACUAAGUACAAUGACAGUGUUGGGGUCUUGCAGCAACAGACUUCUCAGCCUUCCCAGGAGGGUGGGAACUCCUUAGUUCUGUCUACAGCUGGACCAACUCCCCUUGUGACUCAGGCUGCUGGGCUCAUGCAAAGCUCAAUCGCCAUGACUCAGCAACCACUCCCCGUAUUCCGUACCCCCACGGGGGUUCAUAUGGCUCCUUAUCCUCCAAAUUACAUUCCUUACGGACACUACUUCCCUCCAUUUUAUGUUCCACCUCCAGCCAUUCCCCAGUUCUUGAACGGCGCAUUUGCUCAGCAGCAUCAGGCAGCUAGUUUGUUCCCUGCACCACCUGCUGCUGCUGCUCCAGCAGUCAAAUAUCCACUAACUCAGUAUAAAACAGCUGGUAAUACUGGUAAUCCGACCCAUGUGGGGGUGCCAAUUAGUUAUGGGCCGUAUGGUUCAUCUGCUGCUGGUUAUAAUUCUGGCUCUGCUGCGACGGCUGGGAACUCCAAUACUAAUGAGGAACUUGGUGCAUCUCAGUUCAAGGAAAAUAAUAUGUACAUCACAGGACAACAGAGCGAAGGGUCACGGGUUUGGAUUGCUGCACCUGGCCGUGAAAUUCCUAGCUUACCAACCACUUCAUAUUACAACCUUCCUCAGCAAGGUCAGCAUGUUACAUUUCCUCCGACACAAGCAUGGCAGGUUUGCCAGUAUUUGCCACCUUCGAGUGGCAGUGAGAGCUCUAACCGUGUCCCAACAUCUACAGCUGUUCAAGACUUGAGUGGAGCAGUCGAUAUGACAGGACCCGCAGCCAAUGUGUAUCAACAGCCACAGCAUGCACAGAUGGCCUGGCCCAGUAACUACUGAGAAAUGAUACUUUCUUCUUCCUUUUGACUACAAACCUCGGAAAGAAGUCCACCUCUAGGGUUCUUAUUUUUUGAGAGCUCCCGCGAGUUGAGUAAGCAUCUUGAAGAUACGGCAUUGGUUGGUUCUGGGAGUAAGUACAUGAUCAAUGUAAAGGAGGCUGGAGUCAAUUGUAUCUUCUUGUUGUUCACUGAGAAGAUAAAAGGCGCAGUUAACCUGUAGCUGGUCAAUCAUUGAAGUAAAGUUGAGGUCAUGAUGUUCAGGUUCUCUUUAAGCUCUUUUUUAUGAUGUUAUUGUUCUUCAUUUUUGUGGUUUUAACUCUUCCUGAUUUCUUCCUGUACCCUUUCUUUCUUCCCUCUUGCCCUAGAAUUUGGACCACUGAUAUUGUUGAGUAGUGAGAAUAUUUUUCGGGUUUUCCUCUUCAUUUCAAAGUUUAUAGGGUUUGGUAAGUUGAUAUAUAGAUCGUUGGUCAAGUUUCGAUUCCAUUACGUCUUUUGUUGCCUUGCCUGUAAAGUGAAUUUUGAUAGCUGGAAAGGGGUGUAUGCAACUGUUGUACUGGGUAUAAACAAAGUGAACAUUUGAGUAGAUUCAGCUGCUUACUGAAGGAAUAUUUGAUUCAACAUUAAUGGAUAGCGUUUUUAACUUCUGCA